AUGCCGAGAUCAUUCCUAGUGAAGAAAGCGAAGUACCCCGUCGAUCAUGGGAACCGGUGGCACUAUCGGGAACCAUCCAGCCCCACGGAAGGGGCCGUUGCGCCCCAAUGUCCGGUCUCCCCGACGCAUCAUUGCCUCACCGUCCGUUAUGCAAACGGAUAUGUGUGCGACUUAUCCUCCCCUGAAUCUUCUCGAGACUAUGUCUACAUUGACAAGGUGGUUGGCGAUGAUGUUGUCGGAGGUAUUGAGAUCAAGACCACAGUCGAACCCGACACCCAGAUGCCCCAAGCAGCAACUAAACACCACGUUAUCACUAUGGAGCGUUCCGGCCCAAGCCCAUCCGGAAGCCUCAGUGACGCCAGUGUGAGUGACGUCAGCAGUGACGACGCGAGAACUGUGAGUACGCCACAUUAUCUCUACGAUCAAGGAGAUGGGAGUCACACUCCUACCGUGGGAUACACAUACGAAGCCUUCUUCAUCACAGACGGCCGCUCUAGGAGGAGAAAAAAUCCUCCAAAGCAAGACGAAAUAGGACACACUGUAUCUGUGAAUUCGCAAGACAGACCUAGGUACACUUGCGGAGAGUGUGGAAAGCACUAUGCUACAUCCUCGAAUCUCUCCAGACACAAACAAACUCACCGCAGCCCAGAUUCCCAGCAAGCGAAAAAAUGCGAAACCUGUGGGAAGGUGUACGUGAGCAUGCCUGCUCUGGCCAUGCAUUUAUUGACACACAAUCUGAACCACAAAUGUGCCGUGUGCGGCAAGGCAUUCUCGAGGCCUUGGCUGCUGCAAGGUCACAUGCGUUCGCACACCGGCGAGAAGCCAUUUGGUUGUGCACACUGUGGGAAAGCUUUCGCCGACAGGUCAAACCUAAGGGCACACAUGCAGACUCACUCUGCUUUCAAACAUUACGCGUGUGCCCGAUGCAACAAGUCUUUCGCCCUCAAGUCCUACCUCAACAAGCAUUACGAGUCUUCUUGCUUCAAAGAGGGCGGUAACAAAGAUUCAUCGGCUGAUGAUGGGGUUGAUGGUUGUCAUCAUGUCUUUGACACCAGCGAUAAUUCCUCUGAUUUGAUGGAAAUAGGAACAGCACAAAGCCCUUGA